AUUGAAAAUAUAGAAGAAUAUUACAGAAAAAAAAUUCCCAACUAUUUUUUCAGCUUUAAUAUCAAUCGUUUUUUUAGUUUGAUAAAAAAAAAAAUCUAAUUGUAAUGUUCUUAGUAUGUAUUUUUUUUCCAAAAAAAGUUCUCUUUAUGGACAAUCACGAUGUCAUUAAGACAUACUUACUCAGGAACACACAAAAAACCCGACAUCCUCUUUUAUUUUUAUAACUCAUUUGUUUAUAUGUCAGGCAAGAGUUAGAACAGCGUCUUUUUGCAAAUGGUUUACUUUGUAUAUCUCUGUUGAAGGUGUCGUUCGUUUAGAAUGGCGUGGUUGACAUACAAGCUAUUCCUGCUGGCAGCGACGCUAACAUCUUGUGGUUUGGCAUACGUCCCUAACUCAAAUAUGAAGUGUGAGUGCACCUGUUCGCCCAUUAAUAACCCGGCCAAAAAAUAUUCUGCUGUUGGAAAUUUCGAAGCUGUCUUUAAACCAAAAUCAGACUCUGGGACUAGUUUCAAAACUACGACUGAGGCUGGAGCUAGUCUAGAGAUUAAAGUUCCAACAGUACCAACACUAUUGAAGGACUCCCCUUUCAAAGUUCAAAACGACCCCAAACUGGACAUUUUCAACUACAAAGGCAGUAACAAGAAACAAUCAACUAGCUAUGAGAUCAAGAAAGAAACGUCUGUACCACUAGUUCAGAAAUACUCGUCUAGACCAGUCACGUUUUCCUCUAGAUCGACAACAACUGGUUUUGUGUCUCCCACCUCAGCCUCCAUUCUGCCUAAUUCUCCGAUUGAACUUAAAGUGACGUCGUCUGCUUUCAGAAAAGCGAUGAGAACAGUGUCCAAUAAUUCUACGGAACCCAAAGAAAGCGAACCACCAAAGGACCUGAUUGACACAAAAAGACUCGAGGAAAUGACAAAGACAGAAGCCCUAACUCUGGAUGAUAUAAUCUUUGGUAAAGUUCCAUUUGAUUUUGGAUCAAGAGGAAUUCAAAGAAAUUUCUUGACGGAAAGUGAAAGAAACGCACUGAAGAACGAACGAUCCAGUCAGAAGACAAGUACGAUAAAUGCCUCCAUAACGACGAAAAGGUCUACGACUGGAACAGCACCUCCAGAAACAGUUGCGAAUGAAUUCACAGCCUCAGAAACAGCAGCUUCCGAAACGUCGACCCCAGUAAAAAAGAGCACCGUGAAUAGAGUCCAACCAGAAACUAGUUUGCAACCAGAAACGCCAACGGCAACAACACAAUCAUCCACCACAACCAUAAUAACAACAACAGCAGCACCAACAACUAUAUCAACGACAACAACAGCGACAACAGAAACAACUGGGACACCCAUGACCGCACCCACCACUUUUAAAACAUUGAAACCAAUAUCAAGGAGAGGUCUUCUGCCUCUGUUCAGAACGGGUUACUCACCCUUUACACCUGCAAAAACAGAAAAGCCUGUCGCAGUCACCAACGCUACGACUAUGCCUUCAACUGAAUCCUCUACAAAGCCCACAACUUCACAACCCAAAACAACGACGACAUCAACAACACAGAAAGUAACAACUCCCUCCAGCACAACAGCAAAACCUACAACAAAAGCUCCAACAACUACGACGAUGACAACUAGAAAACCAACAACUGUAACAACACAAAAGCCAACGACCAAAAGACGAACUGAAACACAAAGUUCAUACAAUGUGAAUCCAAGUAGUCCUCCGGCUAGAACAAAUACAAUGCAACGUAAAGAUCUACCAGUCAUAUCGGCAAACGUCAACCCAGCGUAUAGAUUUAGUGAAUCCUUUAGGAAAAACACGAUCAGAAACCUCCUCGAUGCAUUCAAGCCGGAGUAUAUGAAAACGCUGCAUGAAGAAGAAGCAACAGUAAAACCUCGUCCAAAGCAACCACAACGUCAACAGCACCAACAGCAACCACAACAACUUUACGUUCCUCCCCCUCCUGCUGCACAUUAUAAUCCAAUGAUGCAGAGGGAAUUGGAUAUACCUUUUGGACAUUUUGAAAAGACAAGGAGUGUUGAUGUUCCAAAUCACCAGCUGGUUCAUUCUAUGAGUUCUCUAUCUAGCAUGAACUCACUCCAGUCAUCCAACUCUCGCCAACCAGCUCUUGUUGUCUUAGACUCGCCAGCACAAGAACAACAACAUGUACCAUAUCAGCUUCAUGAUCAACAUACCCAGCAAGAGCCAAACUGGAAUCCAAUUCAAGAACCCAAAAAGUGGGGCGAACCACCAAAAGGCUGGGCACAAGGAAACCAACAACAACAACUCCAACAGUCAUUGAAUUUACAGAACCAUCAACUGUGGAACCCACAUCAAAACUCUAUACAGAAAACUCAGGUCUUUAAUCCUAGCUUUGCAAUGUCUGGACAGACUAAACAGCAGCAACAAUCACGACAGGGCGCUUUCCCGGGAUUACAGCUUAACAAGAGCCCGAUUGACUUCAGAGUGCAUUAAUAUGAUGUAAAUAUGCUUUGACUCUAGUGCUUUCAUUGUUUUAUAUGGACUGGUGCCUUUUCCUAUGGAAGCUUUUGAUUUUUCUAUGUGUGAUUUCAGUCUUUUUGUUAUAUUAAUUUAUUAUUUUCCUCAAUAAAAUAUACUUUUUAUACUUUU